AUGACACAGCCAGACCCAAACUGGAACCCGCCUCGCGGACCCAGAAGCCGCUACCCACACCGACGCGGCCACGUUCAAGCAUCAAGUGAUCCAAACCCCGCCCCACAGAUCCUGCAACCUCAAAGUCAGCAUACUGAGUCGAUUCGGAAUGCGCAGCGGAAUAGCGAUCCAUUCCAAUAUGAUACGCAGACAAUGCCGUACUGGGACGAUGCAAGCGGCGCAAUCCACGAUAUCUCCAAUGCAACGCCUCUAAAUCUAGAUCGAGCAUACGCGAAGAAGAACUUUGCUGGUCAGACUGGAACUACGCAUGGCGAGCAACAGCAACAGCAGGAUCAGGUAACGGGUCUCCAAACGUACGGUCAACACCAAUGGCAUAAUCCGUAUGCUGAGAUUGUGGGCGGUGGACCGUAUGCACAAAAUCCAGUAACCCAUCCAACAUCUAGCCCACCGAAAAAUACAUCUAGGACCGCUAUCAAAGACAACAAGAGCAAUAGAAGGGAUUUCACACCCUACUUCGAUGCCGCAGACCCGCGGAACCACACCGACCUGAAAAGCCCAGAUAAAUACAACUUCCUCGGGACGAAAGACGUGAAUCAAAAGCUGCGCCAGGACACCACCGAUGCUAUCAAACUAGCAACAGAGAAGCGAGGAAAGAGCAAGGCAGAACAGCCAUUACCACCGCUACCUGAACAUGAGCCAAAGACAACAGUAGUAAAGAGGAAGAGCGCGCCUCUUCCCCCUAUUCUACCUAGAUUCGCUUUCGAGAACCCAACAAUAAUAUCGGGGAAGCUGGCAAAGUCUAGGACAGCUUCGGUGAGGAAGAGUGCGGAAACUUCAACCCAAUACACCACCCCUCUUUCCGCGAUCAACGAAGCUCCGUCUCCGCUGAGCAAAGCAAACAAGCGACGAAGUGUCGAUCGCACACCCACGCUCGACCGCGUCCUCGCUCUCCGCGCAGAAGAACAAGCGAAAACGCUUGCGAAACUUGAAGGCGACAUCCAAGAGGACAAGCCUACUGAUGACGGCGAGCGACAUAUCCCGCGCGAGUUGGUCAAGAGGAUAAGUGACUCGGAAAGCCGGUGUAUUCCUAGAGUCACGUCGCGAGAGGAGAAGCGGCAUGCGUCCGAGUUUGUUCCGGGUAUGCAGGUGCCGGGAGUGGAUGAGCGGGAGGGGGGUUGUGUGAUGGAUGAUCCGGCUGUGCAGAUGAAGAAGGAGGAGGUGGAGGAUGGUGCGGGUAGUAGUGUGUAUGGUAGUGAGGAUAAUGCUCAAGAAGACGAGAUCGAGAAGUUGACGAAAGCGAUAGCGGGGUUGAAACCAUUUCAGGAUCUACCGCCUCCGUCGUCGUCGCCGAAGAAGAAAGCGUUCGAGCGGCAGAGCGCUGUGCCAGUGGGGUUGGACGUAGCAAAGCUCGGGAAGGGGAAAGGGGGGUUGGGUGAUGGGGCUGGAUCUAAGACAAAGCCGGAGGAACUAGGUGGACGGACGCAAGUUGAGGCAGAAGCGGAGCUUUUGAAGGUACUCAAUGCGACGGAUGAAGGUACCGGUAAGGGUGGCGCGGGCGUGGGAACGUCGCAGGAGAACUCAUCGGCAGAGUCUUUUGCGACGGUUUCUUCGGAUGACUACGAACAGAUUCGGGCGGAAGAUGAGCUUGCGUCGGAGCAGAAUGGCGUGAAAAGGCGGUGGUACAAGGGCUUCCGUAAAGUCUGA